AUGAUGCAAAAAAUAAAAUUACCCAAGAAAACAGCCAGACGAUACCCAGCAUACGAGCUCUAUCUCUACGGGGAAGGGAGCUAUGCCAAAGAAAACAAAAAUCUCCUAUUGACAGGAAUUCCGGUUCUCUUUCUUCCUGGGAAUGCUGGCAGUUACAAACAAGUACGUUCUCUUGGCUCCAUUGCACUUAGAAAAGCAGAAGACAUUGACUUCAAGUAUCAUUUUAAUUUCUUCAGUGUCAACUUUAACGAGGAGUUGGUUGCAUUGUAUGGUGGUAGUCUGCAACGACAGACCAAGUUUGUGCAUGAAUGCAUAAAAGUAAUUCUUAAGUUGUACAGGGAUCGAGAAUUUGCACCGACCAGUGUUGCAAUAGUAGGUCAUUCCAUGGGUGGGCUUGUUGCAAGAGCAUUGCUUACUCUGAAGAAUUUUAAGCCUGAACUUAUAAACCUCCUCAUUACUCAAGCCACACCUCAUGUUGCACCUGUAAUGCCUUUAGACAAAUAUCUUACUGAUUUUUAUACAGCUGUAAACAAUCAUUGGAUUCUAAAGGCCCAAGAUUUAAGAAAUUUAACUACCCUUUCUGUGGCGGGAGGAUUCAGAGAUUACCAAGUUCGUUCAGGACUGGCUUUUCUACCAAGAUUGAGUCAACAUGACAGUGCCUUAUCUGUUGUGAGCUCAGCUGUGCCUAGAGCUUGGGCCUCAACAGACCAUCUCUCCAUAGUGUGGUGCAAAGAAUUGAUCCUGGCUACCAUUAGAGCUUUUUUUGAUCUCAUAGAUGAAAAUACAAGGCAGAUAACUGAGGAUCCAAAGAAGAGAAUGUCCAUACUGAAUCACCACUUUGUGAGACACCCUGCAAAGAUAUUUGAGGAAAAUCCUGAAGCUUUUAUGGAACUCACAGGAGCUUUCAUGUGGAUUACAGUCAAAGCCUCAAAAUGGACUUAUUCGGUUAACAAUGAUUCUGAUGGAAAAUACUUCACAUUUCCUCUUGCAAGCCACAGAAAAUCAUACAGUCACGUUUACUGUGAAAACAGUAUGUUGGACACAAAUAGCUGGAUUUAUGGCUGUGUGAACAGUAAUUCAUCAAUGUGCCUGGAAGCUACUGAUUUAUCCUGGAGAGCUGAGUUACUUCCAACCACCAAGGUUGUAAUACUGAAACUUCAGGACUAUCCUUCUUUGUCCCACAUUGUCAUUCAGGUACCACCCACAGUUGGCAAUAAGUAUACUUUGGACUGUGAAUUCUUCAAAGAGGAUUCCAGAACAGUACAGCUUCCUGUAACACAUCUUUUUUCAUUUGGGCUUUCUUCAAGCAAAAUUCUAUUAAAUUCAACUGGCUUACUUUACAACAUACAGCUCCAGCACUUCACCCACAUAUAUCAAGCUUUCAAAAUUUAUAUAGAGAGCCACUGCCAGUCACUCAAAGAAAGAAAACCUAGUGUUUACAGACUUCAUAUACCCUGGUCACAUGAAGACUCAAUUACUGUAGCAAAAGUUCCGUCUUUUACUGAGAUUUCUGCAAAACUGCAUAUUGCUCGGCCUCAAAAUGACAGCAGGGUUCCAGAGCUAAAUAUUUACUCUUCCUCAGACUGUCAGUAUGAAGUAAUUCUGAAGACGUCACUUUUACAGGUCCUCGGGCAAAUAAUAAGAUUCCAUGCUGGUGCUCUUCCUGUCUAUAUUGUUUCUAAUAUUCUUCUUACUUAUGGAGGACAGUUGAGCACAUUGAUAUCAACAGGCCAGUGUUCAGACUUUUCCCUUGAACUAGUUAGGACAGCUAAACCCUACAAAGUAGAACCUCUUAUAAGCAUUGUUGUGUUUCUGCAGGGGUUUAACUGGUUUAGAGAGAUAUGGGAAUCACUGUCACUACCAGAAGUGGAUGCUGCUGUACUGAAUAGUCGGGAUGCAUGCUUCCCCCUUGUGUCCCUGAUUCUAUUUCUUUUUGGGACAGGCAUUGCCUACUGGAGUGGAGUAUUUUUCUCUACAUCUCUGAGACUCUUCUCUUCAUUGUGGUUAACUCUGAUUAGACCUACUGUACUUCAAAAAGAUAAGUUGAUGACACCCAGAAGACUCUGUGCAGUGUUAUCCCUUGCUUUGGUUAGCUGGACCACUUGCGGUGCAUUUGCUCUAUUCAUUAUUUAUCUUCAAUACUUGUUUAAGGUUAUAAAACUGCAUGUGAAUGUAAGAGCAGAACAAAACAUGCUCAAUGGGUUUAAGGAUUCAGACCACUCAAAAGAAACUUCACAGAACUCCAGUAUACACACAGUCAAAAACCAGAGUUCGAUGGACAGUAUUUCAGAAGCAACACAAUCUCUUUCCAACAGUACAACAACUGCUGAAGCCAUUAACAGUCUUAAGAUGCAUGUUACAAUUCUCAAUUUAUUCACAUGGGUUGUGCUGCUCAACUUGCCAUCUUUAAUUUAUUGGUUAAAAAAUCUCAGGUACAGUGUUAGACUUGAUCCUGAUCCAUGUAGAUCUACAGCUAUUAUCAUCGUAUGCAUUUUAGAAAUUCUUAUGAAUUCAAGUACUUCUGAAAUGAAAUCAAGUAAACUCUUGAAGAUCGCAGCCAAAGUUCCACUCCCUUUGUCUGUUGCAAUGUUGACCUUUGGACGAGCGCAUUUAUACGAAGUACCACACUUUGUAACCUUUUCUCUUCUUCUACAUGUGCUGUGUUGUAUUGUGUAA